AUGUUUCUUUCAGGAGGCAAGGCCAUUUUGGCCGAGUACAGGGGCGACUGGAAGUUCCACUACGAGCACUUCAACCUCACUGCUUACUACAAAGCAAACCGCCUCUGCCACAUGUGUGUGGCCAACAAGGCGGGACAGAACUCGUUUGCCAAAGAUCUCACCGCCGAAUACGAGCGGAGGACGUCGGAGCAGAUCGUCGAGGAGUGCAUGAGCCGUCAACUCCGGAAUCCGUUUACCACGGACAUGACUCCGGGAGUCUUUAAUGCGGCCACACAGAUUCGACCCUGCAGCAUGCACAUUGCCAACUUAGGCACUGUGCAGGUACUUAAUGGCUCCGUUCUCGAUCUGCUGGUGAAAUCGGGAUUCUUUGCAUCGACGGACAUGCAGGUGGCUCUUCACAAUGCAUCAAUGCGUUUCAAGACGUAUGCAAGUGCUCACCGGCUUGUUCACAGCAUGCCCAUGUUGACGCCGGGCAUGUUGAUCGAUGGCAGCGCAGGGAGUUUCCCUGUGCUUACUUUGAAGGCGUACAACGGCAGGCUUUUUCUGGGAUUCCUGUCUGUAUGCCUUCGAAGUGCGCUCGCUCAAUCGCCGAAUGAUCUGGAGCUGGUUCUGUCAGAUCAGUGCGUGCGAGCCCUUUUGCAGUGGUAUCAACUGCAAGAAAGUGCUCCGAAGCGCUUUCUGGAUGCGGCUUGGCACAGCUCGCUUGCAGCCGAGCUCAGCUUCGGUAUAAAAUACUUCCGAAGCACCACGAUCCUUACCUGCGAUUAA